UUGACAGUUUCCUUUGUCUGCAUCAUGGACUUCUCGCUUCCAGUGGAGAUAUUAAAUGUGCAGGCUUUUUACGGAGAACGAAAUGGUGUACCCAGGGGAGAGGCAGCUGCAGAACCUGUCAGGAUCUGCUGAUUAUAAGGAGUUAAAAACCCCCUUUUCGCUUCCGAGACUGAGAGUUUGAAAAGCUGGGCUGAGCAUCACUGCUUUCCCAGCGUGUCCACCUCAGGCUGUGGUGUUGUAAGGAACUGGAACCAUGACGGACUCCAAAUACUUCACGACCAAUAAAAAAGGGGAGAUUUUUGAACUGAAGGCUGAACUCAAUAAUGAAAAGAAAGAGAAGAGGAAAGAAGCUGUGAAGAAGGUUAUUGCAGCCAUGACCGUGGGGAAGGAUGUCAGCUCACUCUUUCCUGAUGUUGUGAACUGCAUGCAGACUGACAACCUGGAGUUGAAGAAGCUGGUCUACCUUUACCUGAUGAACUAUGCCAAAAGUCAGCCAGAUAUGGCCAUCAUGGCUGUCAACAGCUUUGUGAAGGACUGUGAAGACCCAAACCCUCUGAUCCGUGCUCUGGCCGUGCGUACAAUGGGAUGCAUCAGGGUGGACAAGAUCACGGAGUACUUGUGUGAGCCUCUUCGCAAGUGUCUGAAGGAUGAAGACCCUUAUGUACGGAAGACUGCAGCUGUCUGUGUGGCGAAGCUGCACGACAUCAAUGCCCAGAUGGUGGAGGACCAAGGAUUUCUGGAUUCCCUGCGUGACCUGAUUGCAGACUCCAAUCCCAUGGUGGUAGCAAACGCUGUGGCUGCCCUGUCGGAAAUCAGCGAAUCACAUCCCAACAGCAACCUGCUGGAUUUGAACCCUCAGAACAUCAACAAGCUACUGACAGCUUUAAAUGAGUGCACAGAGUGGGGCCAGAUCUUCAUCCUGGACUGUCUGUCCAACUACAACCCCAAGGAUGAUCGUGAAGCUCAGAGCAUUUGUGAAAGGGUGACUCCUCGGCUGUCUCACGCCAACUCUGCAGUGGUGCUGUCAGCAGUGAAGGUCUUGAUGAAGUUCCUGGAACUUCUUCCCAAGGAUUCUGACUAUUACAACAUGCUGCUAAAGAAGCUUGCCCCUCCGCUGGUGACCCUGCUGUCUGGAGAGCCCGAAGUUCAGUAUGUUGCCCUAAGGAACAUCAACUUGAUCGUGCAGAAAAGGCCUGAAAUUCUGAAGCAGGAAAUCAAGGUGUUCUUUGUGAAGUACAAUGAUCCCAUCUAUGUUAAACUGGAGAAACUGGACAUCAUGAUCCGCCUGGCUUCUCAAGCAAACAUUGCCCAGGUCCUGGCAGAGCUCAAGGAAUACGCUACUGAGGUGGACGUUGACUUCGUGCGCAAGGCUGUCAGGGCAAUUGGGCGCUGUGCUAUCAAAGUUGAGCAAUCUGCAGAGCGCUGUGUGAGCACACUUCUAGACCUCAUCCAGACCAAGGUCAACUAUGUGGUCCAGGAGGCCAUCGUUGUCAUCAGAGACAUCUUCCGCAAGUACCCCAACAAGUAUGAAAGCAUCAUUGCCACUCUGUGCGAGAACCUUGAUUCCCUGGAUGAGCCAGAUGCCAGAGCUGCGAUGAUCUGGAUAGUGGGCGAAUAUGCAGAAAGGAUUGACAAUGCAGAUGAGCUGUUGGAGAGUUUCUUGGAGGGCUUCCAUGAUGAAAGCACUCAGGUGCAGCUCACCCUCCUGACUGCUAUAGUGAAGCUGUUCUUAAAAAAGCCUUCUGAGACACAGGAGCUGGUUCAGCAGGUCCUCAGCCUUGCCACACAGGAUUCCGACAACCCAGACCUGCGGGAUCGGGGCUACAUCUACUGGCGCCUUCUUUCCACCGAUCCAGUGACUGCCAAAGAAGUGGUCCUCUCAGAAAAGCCACUUAUUUCUGAAGAGACUGAUCUGAUUGAACCCACCCUGCUAGAUGAGUUGAUCUGCCAUAUCGGGUCUCUGGCUUCCGUGUACCACAAACCACCCAACGCUUUUGUGGAGGGGAGCCAUGGGAUCCACCGCAAACACUUGCCAAUUCACCAUGGAAGCACUGAUGCAGGCGAUAGCCCCGUGGGCACAACAGCCACUACAAACCUGGAGCAGCCACAAGUCAUUCCAUCCCAGGGCGACCUUCUGGGUGACCUUCUCAACCUGGACCUGGGACCCCCAAUGAAUGUUCCCCAAGUGUCCUCCAUGCAGAUGGGUGCUGUGGACCUCCUGGGAGGAGGGCUGGACAGCUUGCUUGGCAGUGACCUUGGCGGGGGCAUUGGAGGAAGCCCGGCAGUGGGGCAGACCUACAUUCCCUCCUCUGUGCCAGCCACCUUUGCCCCUUCACCCACCCCGGCGGUGGUGAGCAGUGGACUCAAUGAUCUCUUCGAGCUCUCCUCUGGUAUAGGCAUGGCUCCUGGAGGAUAUGUGGCUCCAAAGUCUGUUUGGUUGCCUGCAGUGAAGGCUAAAGGAUUGGAGAUCUCGGGCACAUUCAGUCACAGGCAGGGACACAUCUACAUGGAGAUGAACUUUACCAACAAGGCUUUGCAGCACAUGACCGACUUUGCCAUUCAGUUCAAUAAGAACAGCUUCGGGGUCAUCCCAAGCACCCCACUGGCCAUUCACACACCUCUGAUGCCAAACCAAAGUAUUGAUGUCUCCCUUCCCCUCAACACUUUGGGACCAGUCAUGAAAAUGGAGCCUCUGAACAACCUCCAGGUGGCUGUGAAAAACAACAUUGACGUCUUUUACUUCAGCUGCCUAAUUCCUCUCAACGUGCUUUUCGUAGAGGAUGGCAAAAUGGAGCGCCAGGUCUUCCUUGCAACAUGGAAAGAUAUUCCAAAUGAAAACGAGCUUCAGUUCCAGAUUAAAGACUGUCACCUGAAUGCUGACACUGUCUCCAGCAAACUGCAGAAUAACAAUGUCUACACCAUUGCCAAGAGGAAUGUGGAGGGUCAGGACAUGCUCUACCAGUCUCUGAAACUCACCAACGGCAUCUGGAUCUUGGCUGAGCUUCGCAUUCAGCCGGGGAACCCAAACUACACGCUCUCCCUGAAAUGCCGAGCUCCCGAAGUGUCCCAGUACAUCUACCAGGCCUACGAUGCCAUCUUGAAAAACUAACAGGAGUUCAGCCUGUGCCUCACCCUGCGGAAGGAGGGGGGAGAAAGGGGUCCCCAGGUCCUCCUUCACCACUAACGCAGGGAAAAGCACUCUUAACUGGAAGCAGCUGUAUUCAUGUGUAGGGUGUCAGUCAAAGGCACUGAUUAAAGGUAGCAAUUAGUAUCCACGUGCUAAUGAUGAUAGGGAACAAACCCCUUUGGUAUUUUUAGCGUCCAUGGAGUUUGUAACCACUGCUUCGACUACUCCCACGUCCCCCUCGCCCCUCACUCCUUGUCCGUUCUCGUGGGCUUCUCCAUUUUGUGCCAAUGUUCAGUGUUUUCUAAAUGGCUUUAGGCGUAGUUCCGAUUUUGUAAACUCAUUGGUAAAAAGAAACAAGCAAAAACCCAUCCGUCGGCUCAUUAAAACAAGGCAAAAGUGUCGAAAACACAA